CACACCUUCAUCUCACCCGCACGCUUGCCUCGCUAUACCUUCCCCUCUAUAUAUUCACACCCACAAAAAGCUUUGUAUCUCAUCACCUCAUCAAACCUCUAUACUCUCUUCCAUCUUCUCCGAUCCUUACUACAAUGGCGGCCGUCUCCACCAUCUCCAUGCUUGACUCCACCUUUGAGGCUGACAACCUCACCAAUCAGAUCUUUUCCAUUCUUGAAAACAAGUUUCUUUUCGGGUGCAACGACCAGAGGAGUAGUGCUCCGUCGGUGAUGUCAUCAUUUCCCGGCGCCGGAAAGGUCCGGAUCCUCUCCAUUGAUGCCUCCGGAUCCACCGGCGGUGUCCUCGCCGCCAAAUCUCUGGUCCGUCUCGAAGCCGCCCUUCGGGCUAAAUCCGGGAACCCGAAUGCCCACAUUGCCGAUUUCUUUGAUGUCGUCGCCGGCUCCGGCGUCGGAGGGAUCCUCGCCGGUUUCCUGUUCACGCGCGGGAAGGACGGGUCCCCCUUGUUGAAUGCCGGAGAAGCUCUCAGAUUCGUGUUGGAUAAUGGGCAGAGGAUUUCGAAGCCGGAGCAGAGUGGGGUUUUCCGGCGAGCGUUCAAGCCGUCGAAGCUGUUCAAGAAAGUCUUCGGCGAGUCAACGCUGAAAGAUACUCUGAAAUCCGUUCUCAUCCCCUGCUACGACCUCACCACUGGAGCUCCGUUCUUGUUCUCACGCGCCGACGCGCUUGAAAUGGACACGUGCGACUUCCUGAUGGCCGAUGUUUGCGGCGCCACCGUAGCUCACCGCGCGUUUGAGCUUAGGUCGGUAGACGGCAGGACGAGGACGACCGCCGUGGGAGGUGACGUGGCCAUGAAUAACCCGACGGCGGCCGCCAUCACUCACGUCCUCAAUAACAAGCAGGAGUUUCCCUUCUCCGUUGGAGUCAACGAUUUGCUGGUAGUGUCUUUGGGAAACGGAGAAUCGGACUCCGGCACCGUGAAUCUAACGCCGUCAUCAUUCGUUAAGAUUGUUGGAUGUGGAGUUUCGGACAUGGUGGACCAGGCGGUAUCGAUGGCAUUUUCCCAGUCCGGCAGUAACAGCAACUACAUUCGUAUUCAAGGCCAGGGACCGUUUGGGAAGAAGAAGGAUCGGAAAUCGGAAUCGGAAUCCGCCAUGGCAGACGAAAUGCUGAACCAGAAGAAUGUGGAAUCGGUCUUAUUCCAAGGCAAGAAGUUGGCCCAAGCUUCAAAUCUGGAAAAACUUGACAAUUUCGCUUCUGAAUUGGUGAAUGAACAAGACCGGAGAAGCACGUGCGUUUUACCGGCGGUGGUCCUGAAACAAGCCGCCACGACGGCGGCGUCUCCGAGGACUUCCUCCUCCACGAUUUUAUCCUCGAAUUCGUCCUGUUAAUUGCUUGUUAAUCGCUAUUUUUGUUGUCAAUUAUUAGGUAGUAGUAGUAGCUAUUCGAGGUGAUUAAGUAUCUACGAAAGCUACUUUAAUUAAUUACUUUAGGUUAGAGUAUGAUUAGGGUUUGGUCGGGUAAUUAGCUAUUGAUGAAGCGGGUCGAGCUGUUAAUGUUUUGGGCUAGUAAAUGUCCGUUCCAUAAAUAUCGCAUUCAUCUCUGAUGGGCAAUGUAAAUUAGAGAUGAUUACGAUAAAAUAUGAUUUAUUAUAUAUUUCAUACAUUUCAUAUGUUUCAUAUAUUCUUGUAAUGAUCUUAUUAUAUAUUCUCGGCUCAAUUCUUAUUUCAAUUUGAAUUAAACUAUUAGUGUAAA